AUGGCCAAGAUAGCGAGCAAGAACUGCGACGAAAAGCUGCCGACAUGUUCCCGCUGCGAAAGAAGCGGUCGCUGGUGUGACCGGACAGCGCCGUUGAAGAUCCAAGGCCAGAAGAAUAAUUCUGUUGAGCGAUUUGACGAACCCCGUGUGAGACUGCAGAACGAGGAGAUCGCCCACUACUUUGCACACUACCUCAAGACGCUGGCUCCGUGGUAUGACCUUAACGACCUCAGGCAAGCCUUCAAAGGAAUUGUGGGAAGCAGAGCUCAACAGAGCUCCUUGCUUCUCAGCGCUGUCAUCGCAUUUGCAGCUAUACACAAAAGCCGAACGUGUCACGCCGUUCCCAAGUCUUUGGCAGAAAGGCAUCAUGCCCACUGCUUGCGGCUGUUGAUCGGAAUCACCGAGACAUCCCCAGAAAUCAAGGACGGGACAGCCUUGGCCGCGACUUGUCUCUUGCGGUCGUAUGAAAUUCUAGCAGAGGAGGAAGAUCCCAAUCGACAUCUUUUUGGGGCAUUCUCAUUGAUACCGUCGUUGUCUUGUAGCCUUCCGGACGAACCACUGCUGAGGGCCGGCUUAUGGAAUUACCUCCGCGAAGAUAUCACCUUCUCGCUCAUCAAUCGGUGUCCCUUGAAGAUCGAAGUCGGAGCAAUAGACAUCGAGCUGUGUCGCGAUGAUGACUACGCAAACCAAAUCACGAUCCUGUUGGCCCGCGUCAUAAACGCCGCCUUUGCGGAUGGUUCGGAACUUCUCGUCGACUUACAGUCAGCCAUCAGUGCUUGGAAUUUGUCUGUACCAUUCCAGCCUUACCAUGAGUCCCACGAAGGUGUACUGCCAAAGAUCCAGAUGGUUGAGGAUUGCCACGUCGCGGCCAUGCAAUACUGGCAUGUCGCGCAGAUCCUCCUAGAUCUGCACACCGGAAGUCCCGUGGACUUUGAAGCCCACGCCCGGGCCAUAUGUGGAAUGGCUUUUUCUGCCAAUAGCGACCCUGUUGUUGUAAACUCAUAUGGACCAAUAUGCUACAGCGCACAGUGGCUGUCGAGAGAUGAUGCUAGACGGGAAUUGGUAAACCACCUUCUUGACAGUCAAAAGAGAACCGGGUGGCCUGUUCAAGCCAUAAUCAAGAAGCUGAAGCACAGCUGGGCUGGAGAAGCCGAGAAAUGA